AUGCCUCCGCCCAGCCGAUCUUUGGCGCUGUUGGCUUUUCUUUUAAUAUUGUCAUUAUUUAAUAUAGGGGCGUAUGCCAAGGAUGUCGUACCACCAGUAAAAGACGACUUUAAAAAUGCUGCUAAAAAUGUUAAAUCGGAGUCCGCAACGACGGAAAAUAAUCCAGGUGGCGUAAAUUUCAAUGAAAACAUACCUAUGGAGACGGAACGCGCGUAUGCUAGCCGGGCCAUUUUUCCCGAUAGCAGUUCCCCACAGUUCCCCACCUUAAACGUCGGCACCAAGACCACAUCUCUUAUUGCGUACCAUAACUAUGACCCCACCAACACCUUUCACAUCCUUCUCGUUUCGGGGAAUAUUAUGCUUCCCGAGAAGCACACGGUGAUUCAGAACUUCUCGGUGGUGCGUCAUGCGCGUGUUGUCAGACCGGGUGAAACAGUCACACUUGAAUACCGCUUUACACCCAAUUCUAGGUUGGAGCCCGGUUUGUACGACGUCUUUCUCCAUCUCCACUGCGUAAACACCACGGACAACCGGACCUUUCUUGUUACACCUUUCGGCGGAGAGGUCAAGAUUGGCGAGGCCCUCGCCACGGACCCGCGCACCAUCCUCACUUAUUUCACCCUGAUCGCGAUCUUAUUAGUUAUGGUGUACGGGAUCGGCGCACGCCUUGGGGUUAAGAAAUUGAUCUCUCAAUGGAAAAGACAAAAGGGGCAUCCACGGGCCAACGUGCAGAUGGAGAUGGGAACGGCAGACAACCACUACGACCCAGAGUACAUAUCCCCAGAGCAUCUUCGCUAUCGCGACGCUAUUCUGAAGCGUCACAGCGUUUCCUCGAAUGAUCGCAAGAAAAAGCAGGGUUAG